UGUAUCGAAAAGGGGGAGAUAACAGAAUCAUAGAAACCCACUUCUCUCCCAUUCCCAACGGUUUUCUUUUCUGUCUCUUUCUCUCUCUAUCUGUGCUCACUUAGUGAUCAUAAGAAACUCAAACUCAAAGAUUUGAUCAAAGUUCCGUUCUUUAUUCCUCAAAGAUCCAAACCCAGCAGCAGAUCUCUCUAUUGAGCUGGAAUCAUGAGGCGAAGGGGUGCAGAUUUUCGAAGGCCGGGGAGGAGAAGCCUUAAAGAUGUCGUGUGGUGGACAUCAUGUACCGUUUUGCUUCUUUUCUUUAUUUAUAUCCUCACCAAAGGCAACACCAACAUUGACUCCACACAACAUUUCUCCAGGCGAAAUUUCAGCCAUGACAGGGUUAUAGAAGGCUUCAAUGUCACAGAAGAAAUGUUAAGCCCUGACUCAGUGAGCAGACAAAUUAAUGAUCAGAUCUCCCUGGCAAAAGCUUAUCUUGUAAUUGCCAAAGAAAGUAAUAAUCAACAAUUUGCUUGGGAGUUAAGUGCUCAGAUCCGCAUUUCACAGAUUUUCCUCUCAAAUGCUGCCACUAGGCGUGCUCCGUUAACAAUAAAGGAAUCAGAACAUGUUAUUGGCGAUAUGGCGUUAGUACUAUAUCAGGCCCAGCAGCUCCAUUAUGACAGUGCAAUCAUGAUCAUGAGACUGAAAGGAAAAAUUCAAGCUCUUGAAGAACAGAUGAAUUCUGCAAGUGAGAAGAGUUCAAAAUAUGGACAAAUAGCUGCUGAAGAAGUCCCAAAGGCCCUAUAUUGCCUUGGUGUCAGGUUGACAUCUAGAUGGUUCAAUGAUCUUAGCUUGCAAAAGAAAUUGAAGGACAAAAAACAAGUGAUGAAACUCAAGGAUAAUGAUCUUUACCACUUUUGUAUCUUCUCUGACAACAUUCUUGCCACUUCAGUUGCAAUCAAUUCAACUGCAAUAAAUUCUAAAAAUCCAGAUAAGGUUGUUUUCCACCUUGUCACUGAUGAAAUAAGUUAUGCUGCAAUGAAGGCAUGGUUUGCUUUGAACGAUUUUCGAGGCGUGACAGUUGAAGUUCAAAAGUUUGAAGACUUCAGCUGGCUAAAUGCUUCAUAUGUUCCCGUGCUUAAGCAGCUCCAAGACUCAGAGAUUCAGAACUAUUACUUCAAAGGCAACAGUGAUGAUAACAAGACUCCGAUCAAGUUCCGGAAUCCAAAAUAUCUGUCCAUGCUUAACCACCUGAGGUUCUACAUCCCUGAAGUUUUUCCUGAGCUGAAGAAGGUGGUGUUCCUGGAUGAUGAUGUUGUGGUUCAGAAGGAUCUUUCUGAUCUUUUUACCAUUGAUUUGAAUGGAAAUGUUAAUGGGGCUGUUGAGACAUGCAUGGAGACAUUUCAUAGGUACCAUAAAUAUUUGAACUACUCACACCCUCUAAUAAGAGCACAUUUUGACCCUGAUGCUUGUGGAUGGGCAUUUGGGAUGAAUGUGUUUGAUUUGGUUCAAUGGAGGAAUAGGAAUGUAACUGGUAUCUACCAUUAUUGGCAAGAAAAGAAUGCAGACAGAACAUUGUGGAAACUUGGUACCUUGCCACCAGGGUUGUUAACCUUUUAUGGGCUAACUGAGCCCUUGGAUCCAUUAUGGCAUGUGUUGGGUUUUGGCUACACCAAUGUUGAUCCUCAGUUGAUUGAAAGAGGGGCUGUUCUACACUUCAAUGGGAACUCCAAACCAUGGUUGAAGAUUGGGAUGGAAAAGUACAAGCCUCACUGGGAAAAAUACGUGGAUUAUUCUCACCCUUUCUUGCAACAGUGUAAUUUUCAUUGAUUUUCAACUACGUUAUAAUUGGAACUGCACAAAGAUUAGACAUGACAUGAUGAAUAGUAACCAAUAGUUAUACAUAUAGUAACCAAUCAUUCUUGAUACCAUUUUUUGUUUUGAAAAUUUUGAGGUGUGCAAUGACGAACAUCCGCAUUAACAUGGCUUCACAGUUUUAAAGAUUUAUGCCAAUGUGGACUGAGUUACGAACUCAUUGGCUGUUAACAAUUCUUUUUCACAAAGGAUAAUCAGGUGAUUUUUACUUCACUGUCUUUCAAUUUUAUUUAGAUUAAUUUUAGGGAAUUGGUUGAUUAUUCUCUUCCCUAAGAUUUUGUUUUCUCCCAUGUUAGUUCUACCAUUGUUUAGCCUACUGAAAGAUAAAAAAGGGAAGCUACGAAAUCUUAUCCUCUAUUAUCAGUUUAUCAUGCCAUGAAAUUUUUGGUAAGUUUAUAAUCUCAUAUGCUCAAUGGGAUAUCUCCUUAUUACCCAAAAUUUGUUAUCAUAUAUUUGUGUAAAUUUU